AUGGACCCCAUUGGCGGAGACAACAUUAUAAGCAUAAAUGUCGGAGGGAAGAUUUACAUGACAACUCUCAACUUGAUUUGCAGAUACAGGGAUUCUCGUCUAUGUGAAAUUGUUUUAGAGAAACUGAAGGCUGUGCCGGACCUCGACACCCACCACAACAGGAAGGAAAUAUUCAUCGACCGGAACGGAAGCAGAUUCGAGUAUAUUUUGGACUUCCUGCGAGACGGAGUGCUGAUAUGCGAAAAUGACAUCAACGUAUUGACGAGGAUACUAAUCGAAGCUGUGUACUUCAAAUUGUUUUCCCUCAUAAAAAUUUUAAAAAAGAAAAUCGAAUUAUUGUAUUCAAAUAUGGGGAGUAAUGUGAACAAAAAUAUUUUCAAAAGCAUCAUUGGAACACUUGAAGAAAAAAAAAAAAAAAAAAUAAAAAGCAAAGAAAAAAAUAAAAGCAUAUCGAUGAAGUUAAACAAAUUCCCUGCCCACAUUAAGAAGCACAACGAAAUGGAAUGUUGCACUGUUAAAAAAAAAAAAAAAAUUCAGAACGUCCAUUUUUUGAACAAGAUAAAUUUAUUAAGUGAAUUGAAUGACGAAAAUGAGUCUUCCACGAAGGAGGAGGUUAACCUCAAGGGAUACACACUCUUGUCUAGUGCUCCACUGGACAGUUACAAAGAGGGAAAACAAAUUGUGUCUGCUAAGGACCAGGAGGACAAACUAAAAAAUGACGAACAUUUUGAAUGUAAUAAUGACCUGGAACUGAACUCGCGGGAUAAUUUACCAAAAAAUAUUCCCCCGAAUACGUAUACUCCCCCAACACACACCAAAACGGUUGAUUACAAUUUAACGAAUAAUUUCAUAAAUGAGGAAGACAAACUGAAGAGUAAAAAUAAUGCCAAUUGUUCCACUCGGAUAAAUUGUUUAGUGAAAAAUAUCGAACAGAAGGGAUACCCCCCCAACCCUCUGUCACUCAAUGGGCAUUUAAAAAAUGGCGACAGCAGAGCGGUUUCCUUCUCGGAGAGCACCAGCAUUUUUAUCUACGGAAAAAAAGGUGAGGAAGUCCACAACGGGGCCAACGAUGCCAUGGACACCUCCACAGAGAGCCUAAACAAUAGCUUUCCCCCGAGCAACAUCGGAGGUGUGAACUAUUCAGGCUACUCCAGCUUGGCGAACUAUGCCACCUGCGCGAAUUACGCCAACACUAGGAGCGAUACGGAUACGGCAAGCUACAAAUAUAAUAAUUAUACGUAUAACAAUGUGAAUAACCAUAGGGAGAAAAUUUUAGUUUACUCCGAAAUUGACGACAUCGAAGAAACGUCCCCCUUCCCAAUACUGUCUAAUGUCAAUUUGGGGGAGCAGAUAUUCAGCACGACGGUGGAUUUUUAG